GAGACAGCAAGAGAAAAAGAGGGAAAAACAGAGUGAACCGACUUUGCACUCUGUGAACAGUCACUGCUUUCUGCACUGAUCACACAGGAACAGUCCUGGGGUAUACAGAUACCAAGGGAUGAAGGAGAAGGAUGCAACAAAACAAAAAGAGUGAUACAAGACUGAAAAACGGUGGUGUGCACUGAGACAGAAAUCCCAGGAGAUGAAGAGGGUGACGCAAACCUGAAAAGACAGCCUGACAAAGUAAGACAUCUUCAGCACUUCAGCAGAACAUCCAGACACAGGAAGGAAGGAGACAGAAGAAGAGGAAGACAUCUGGAAGGACAAAAACUCUUAAUGUUACAAAAAACAAGCUCAAGACAUUUGGAUGACAAAACAUGACACAUGCAAAAUAAUUCCAUCUUCAGCUCUCCUCUGUAGAGGAAGAAAUUCGACACAGAGGAGAGGCAGCCAGGAAACAAGAGACAGAAGAAGAUCAAGCAGAAAUAAGAAAGUUAGGCAGAAUAAAACAGGCUCUAGAGAAGGAAGCUAACCCUGGAAUAUCUAACCAGCGCUCUGCUCACCCCAGCAGGGAAGAUGUCCAAGUCCUCCUCCCAUCUGGGUCGACCUGGAUCAGCAGGGUCUCAAAGCCCCAACUUGAGAAAGGAGCUGCAGGGUAAUCGCUCAUGCAUGCUGCGGAUUGGAGAGAGACUGAUGAGGGCAGGCAGUGAGGGGAACCUGGUCCAGAGACCUAUUCCCACCCAAAGCCAGACCCAAACUUCCUCGGCUCGAUUAGGACAAAGAUUAAAUGGAAAGACGCCACGUCCUGCCGUGGAGGACAAGCCCAGCGAGUGUACAAGAAAUAGCUCCAACAAAGCUCCAUGCUCUCCCAGCACCUUGCCUCGAAGCUACGCCUCCACUGCUGGUGCCAGUGGCAGAGACAGCCAGCUGGACAGCCUGACGAUGCAGCAGUCUGAUGUGGAACGGAAGAAGGAGGUGUUCCUGGACCACCUAAGGCAUAAAUAUCCUCACCAUGCUGCCAUUAUCAUGGGACACCAGGACUGCAUGAGGGACCAGGUGAGGAGUCCCCGACCUUCUAAAAGUCCUCCUUGCACAGAUGUGUCGGACUUGGUGGAAGAGCAGGACCCUCUAGCUUCAGAGACCAUGUCCGAUGGGGAUGUGCUGCCCCCGUCGGUCCCCUUUACAAGGGGCUGUAAAGCCAGAGCAAGUUUACCCGUGAGUCGCUCGAACAGUGAAACAAGAGAGAGAUCGCUUGGUGUGUUGUACCUGCAGUACGGAGAGGAGACAAAGCAGGUUAGGAUGCCUGCUGAAAUCAGCACUCAGGACACUCUGCGGGCUCUGUUUGUCACCGCCUUCCCCCAUCAGCUCACCUUAAAGAUGCUGCAGUCUCCUAACAUGGCCAUCUACAUCAAAGACACUUGUCGCAACAUCUACUACAACCUGGAGGAUGUCAGAAACAUCACACCUCAAUCCUUUCUGAAGGCUUAUCAUAAGGAUCCAGCACACGUGUUCAACCGUUAUGGACGACCUACCGCCACAGAGGGCAGGAUCUCCAAAGAGGUAUUGUACGGCAAUCACAGCCCAGUCCACACUCUGCACAGCCUGCAGGGCUCCAUGUCCCCACCCAUGGUGCGUUCCAUGCCCUCCUCCCCCUCAAGGAUGGCCUUUGGUGGAGGGGGCAUACGAGGUGGCAGUGGAGUGAAGGGCCCAGACAGUGCCACGUUACCGCGGGAACGCCUGGUAGGGGCAGGGCGAUCCAGCACCCUGUGCACCAGCAGCAGUGCUAUCCUGGAGAGGAGAGACGUAAAGCCGGAUGAGGACGUUGGCAGCAGCAAGAGCAUGGCCCUGGUGGUGCGUGCUGAAGGUGGAUAUUACCAAGACUCCUACUGCUCGUCUCUACAGGAUGGAGUAGGGGGUCGCCUUAGCAUUGCGUCCUCCCAAUGCAGCGCUCCUCCCUCCCUCACUGCAGACAUGGUGGAUGGUGGGGUCUUAGGGGUCCCAGGAGGGCUGCAACAGUACCGUGCUUCCAUUAAACCCUUGUUGGGCUACGGAGAGAGCAUGGAACACCAGACCCGCUCCCUGCACAGGCAAAAGAACAGGAAGUUUGGAGACAGCCAGCUUCCACCACUGGGAACCAAAACCUCUUCCCCUUCCCCUCACAGAGGUGGUGAGGUCAGGAUGAUUGACGGGCACAUCAUUGGAGGGGUGGGCAUGGUGUCUCCAGAGAGGAUGUCGCCAAUUCAUCGGCCUCUGCGGCGAGACAGUAACGGGGCCACAGUGGAAGUUUUAAACAGGAGCAGAGUGAGCGGCUCCUCAUCGUCCACCUCAUCAGUUUUUCUGGACAGUCCUCUGGGACAACCUGAGAGAUUGGUUCAGGGUCAUGUGGCCACCAGCAAUACCCAGAGUGACAGAAUGAAAGCCAUGGAGGAGCAGAUAGCCAGUCUAGCAGGGCUGGUCCAUCAUGCUCUGUCCAUGGGACCAGAUGUUUCAGGAGUCAAGGAUGCUGUCAGUGAAAAUGCUGAACGCAAACUUAUCAACGACAGACUUGGGGUGCCAUCUGAGCCCCACAACCCUGCUUCAUUGAUUGACAGCUUCAGUCCCACCCCUCUGGCUCUUCAAGCCCCUCCCUCUCAGAGUGGCUUGCAGCAGCACUUGGUGUCUGUGAAGAGGAAUGUGUGUGAACUACGGCAGCAACUUAACCAACUUAGACAGUUACAGCUGUCAAACCAGGAGAGUGUGAGUUCAAUGGUGCGGAUGGCAGGCCAGGAGCUGGUGGUGCUGAUGUGUGACUGGCUGGUUCAAUCUGAGGAAGCAUCGUAUAGACAGAGAGCUGAGAUGGAGGAGGAGAGGAUCCACUACCUAGCUACUGAGGAGAGAAUACUCAAACAGCUCAGUGAACUUGAGGACUAUGUGGACCAUUUGCAAAGGAGCUCGGCCUCCAUUCCCAGCCAGUCCAUCACUCUGGGAGACGUGGAGGAGGGAGCAGUCAACCUGCGGAGGGUUGGAGAGGCUCUGGCUAAGCUUAAAGGUGUGUUUCCAGAGCUGCAGGUGAAGAUGCGCUCAGUGCUGAGGCUGGAGGUGGAGGCGGUGCGUUUUUUGAAGGAGGAGCCUCAUAAGAUGGACUCCAUGUUAAAGAGAGUCAAAGCCCUGACUGAAAUCCUCAGUUCACUCCGCAGGUGUGUGUCAGAGUCAACCUUUCCUGCCAGAUCAGCCAAGGUGGGGCCUGUAAAUGUUCAAGAAACGGACCAGGGACUUCCAAAGACCCAGAGCCCUCAGAGCUCCCCCAAACCUCAGCCUCGAUCUUCCAUCAGGUCCCCAAUGUCCACCGCCAUUGUCUCUGGGAGCCACACUGAGGCUGGCUUGUCAGGCUCCGUCUCCCCCAUCAUGGCCCACAGAAUGAAAAGCACAGCAGCCCCAGUGGCACAGCCUUCCCUUCACUACCCCAGUACCCCCCUGACACCCACCCAUGGACGAGACUCGCCCACUAUGACUAAGGUGAAUUCUCACAGCAGAGAGGGCAGCCCUGCCCUGCAGAGGAGAACGGGAUCUCAUCAGUCUGAUGGACUGGACCAACCUGUGCCAACACAGCAGAGCCACAGCGAUAAAACCAUGAAUACAGAGAGACAAACUCCAGAGGGCUGUCAGAGUGAAACCAGCGAUAUGAUCCAGUCUAGCACCAGCCAAGUCAACCAGCUACCCAAGUCUGAUUCUAGCCAGCCUCCACCCCUAAACACCAGCACAAACCCUGACCACGUCCUCCAAGAGGCCCACGGCAGCCUUUUGAAGUCCAUACCUGAUCCAGAUGUAUCAGAUGCAGCAGAGAGCUAUGCUGAUUCUGCCUCAAGACAAUCAACUCUCAAUGCUUCAGAGUUAGACCAGGAAACACCUCUGGACAUGACGCUGCAAGCAGAGCCACAGGUGCUUCUCUGUAAUACACAGGAAGACACAUCUCUCAAGCUGAGUGAUGAGGUGGACUCCAGCCAGAUGAAACCCCCAGACUCAGCAGUAGUGUCACAGCUUCCUGCAGCCACUGUGGAACCUCUUCCAUCACCUGCUAGAUCAGCUGUUCGUUCAGCACCGGACCCAGAGCGCAGCAGCCGGCCACAAAUGGAGAAACCCCGCCGCUCCAGUGUGGAGAAGGAGAUGAAGCAGAGUCCAGACAGGGCCAGCAAGUCACCUCCUCCUCCUCCUCCUCCACGGAGGUCUCAUGCUGUCAGUUCUGGUUUUACCACGGGAAGGUCCGUAGAUGUGAUCAUUACUGCCAUGAAGUCUAGAGACCAUGAGUCUGGAGCUCAGGAGAAGGGUGACAAAGAGAAAGAGCCACCUCAGCCCAAACCUCCAAGACAACCCCCAGAGGUCAAACCUAAACCCCAGAUGUGUGUCCCUGCACCUGUAGCCAGUUCCACCUCCACCCCUCCUACAGCCCUAGCACACAGCGAGGAGGAGGAGGAGGAGGAGGAAGAGGAGGGGCACAACAAAUUCAUGAGAGAGCUGCAGGUGUUUCAGAAAUGCACUGGGAGGGAUGUAGGGGGCAGAGACGUGGCUAAACUCUCUGUCUCCGAGCUCCAAAGCAAAGAGAUGGAGCCUCAGGUGAUGACAGAUCUGUCAAAUAAGAAUCAUUCACCAGGUGGAAAUAAGCAACAGUCCAAAGGAAACGCCAGGACAACCAAAACCUCACAAGUGGCCACUCAGAAAAUGUUAACAAGUGAACACCAGUCAGCUCUUAAGUUGGGCAUUACAAAUGGAUCCACUCUAAAAGUUGCAGCAGUAGCUGAACUGAAAGAACACGGUCAAGGUGGGAAAAACACUUUAAGUCUUGAUAAGAAGAAAGAAGUGAAGGAGAAGAAAGUGGUUAGUAAAGUGCCUUCCAUAAAGUAUCCAACCACAAAGAAGGUGGUGGUGUCCCCACCUGUCACUAUACGUGAUGUUCAGACUGUCCAGAAGAAUGAGGAGGCGCCUACAACAACCCAAAAGAAAGCAGACAAAAUGGAAGUGUUUACACUACCAGCUUCACGUAAAGAAAAUGAUCUUACUUCAAACACCUCAAAACAGAGUGUUAACGCAGUGGUUGGACAGGUGUUCUCCCCAACAGCAGUGGAAAAGAAGGUCAAGUUUACAACAGUUGUUACUCUGCAAAAGGAAGACAUUCAGGGAACCGUCACAAGUCCCAAACAGACAAAUGAAAAAGUUGUCAAAGAAGUACCAGCUGAGAAGAAGUCUAAUGUGAUGGUAGUUGUGACUUUACAAAAAGAAAACACCCCAGAACAUACAGAGCCGUCACCAACAUUACAUCAGAUCAAGUCCCUGAGUUCAGAUCAGGAUUUUGAAACUUCUAUUCCUUUCCUAAAACCGUCCUCCCUUUCACCUAGUUCGACUAACAGCUGCAGCAACAAUGAGCAGAACCAAGAGGCAGCGCAGAUAUCCAAAGACCAAUCACUGUGUGCAGAGGAUGGAGGUACUCUGAGCCCCACUAUUCUGGAUGAUGAGGGACCACCUCCUCCCCCGCCUCGGAUUGGUAAAUUCAGCCAUAGAAUCUCCAAGAACAGAAAUAAGACCCAGUCCAAAGAAGAAGAUCUGGCCAAAAUGAAUGGUUCUAACAUACAGACUGUAGCCAAGGACAGUUCUGGUGACCCUUCUCAUGUGGGAUAUGAAAACCAUGGUUUUCUGGACAGUGAUGAUUCUGGCACAAAACCUAUUAUUGUUAUUUUGAAUGAGCCGAUGGACAUUCAGUCAGCCUACAAGCGUCUGUCUACCAUCUUUGAAAGUGAGGAAGAUCUUGAUGGGAUUCUGCCUCCAGAGUGUAUUGUGGUUGAAGAGGAAACAAAGCAGGAGGAAGAGGAGAAGGAUGUGAGAAACAUUUCUGUGAUUGAAAUUAAUACAGAGUUAGGCCUUCAAGACACCUCAAAAAGUGAUCAGAAUUCUCCACAAAUGCAGCAUGAAAGAUCUUUAGCAAAUAAUGUCUCACUUCCUGAAAUCAAAGACCAGGGUAAACCAGACUCGCUUAGAAAGGAAGAAAGCAAAAGAAAAUUUAAAUUCAGGUUCCCCAAAAACAAACUGGCUGCAAUUAGUCAGGCUAUUCGAACAGGGACACACAAAACGGGGAAGAAGACUCUUGAAGUUGUUGUGUAUGAUGAAGAGGAGGAGAAGGUAUUGGACAGCAGGUCCAUCAAGGAAAACAAGAAGCAGACAGCAGAAUCCAAGAGUUUUGAGAUCAACAAGACCAAACAAUUCGACUUGGGCAAAGGCAAUAACUGUGACAGCGACAUCAAGGCCUUGUUUCCUGCUGAAACCAGACAGUCUAUGUCACAAACCCGGGUAGAGGAGCUCUGUAAGAAUACAUUUGACUCUAUUAGCAGCCUAGAAGAGUCCAUUAAACAGUUGGAAAUCAGUGUGGACAGUAUAACUUCCCCCUCUUCACCCUCAUCCACUGUGUCUUCACCUCCUCAGACCCCUAAUCCUUCCUUUGACUCCACUGACACACCUCAGUUUAAAGGCAAAGUCAAACCAGAAAGGGAGAGAAGCCCGUCCAAAAGGCCAGCCACGCAGAUCCACAAGGGCCCAAGUUCGCCUCAGAGUAAGAGAGCCAAACCACAGCUUCCACAUGACCGAGGGAAAACCACAACCAAGAAACAGACCUCCAGCAGCAGCUCCAGCUCAUCUGCUCAGCGAUUUAACGCCAAGUCUCGCCACUCAUCCUCCUCUGGCUCACCAGACAAGACACCUAAGAGCCAGCAGCAGGCCAUCCCUAAGCAGCCCAGCCAGCCACGUCUUGUCGCCAUCUCCCGCUAACGUCAGCUCGGCCCACCGUGGGCCUGGCAGCAGCAGCAGCAAGCGCCAGCAUCGCCUCGUCCUCACCACCACCCCCCAACACAGCUACUACUCUUCAUCUUCCUACUCUUCAUCCUCACCCUCCUCCUCCUCCGCCUCAUCCUCCCUGUCGCCUACCUCCUCCUCCUCUUCCCCUCCCUCCCCGUCUGCCUCCCUCCUGCCCACCAUGGUGAGUCAUGGGGCCAGGAGUGUCCAGAUGUCAGCGUCCAACCCCGGCUCUCCAGUCCGCGGCAAGAAACGCCCCGGAAGCCAAGCUGUCCGAGUGCUGCGCGCUGUGGCGACAGCCUCAAAGGACGCAGAAUGAUGUCUGCUGUUUUCAUCUCCUGAAAAAAUAUGUAAAUUCAGAGAGACAUGGGUGUGGUAUAUUCAGCUUUUGUGCAUGAGAGAAAAAAGUAAAAUUGCACUGUGUUCCUACAGCAAUAUCGUGUGUUGUUUACCUUUUGAAACAUUUGGAUUGGUUUAGAAGGGAUUGUAAGGUCAAGUCUGAUAUUCUUUGAAGUUGAAACUACAUUAAUGCCUGGAACCCGACCAGUUCAUCCAUGAGGCUGAUGUUACUGUCUGAAAGUACGAUAUCGCAAAAAUGACUAUAUCACCCAUUCAAAAUCACUGAUCCUGAGACAUAAUUUGUUGUCCAGAGAGUUUAAGUUAUGUUUCUGUAAAAUCUUCCGCUCAUGACAUAUUUUAGCCACUUGGUCACCACUGUGACUGUGACUGCUCUGGUUAAAGGUGGUCGAGUUGCACUAAUAAUUGGAAAGCAUCCAAGGUGUCCUGAGUUAUGAAGCAUAUUGAAAAAAAUCUGUGCUAUUUCAAGGCUGACACCAAAGCCUCUCAGCCAGAGGCAGUCAGCAGGACAUUAGAAUAAAAAACAAAUAGAAACACUUUGGGUCCAUCCACACUAAUACAUGUGAAAUUUUGAAACAAUGUUAUGAAGUGAAAAUGGUACACUACCAUUCAAAAAUUUGGGGUCACUUAGAAAUAUCCUUAUUUUUGAAAGAAAACCAUUUUUUUUCCCCAGUGAAGAUAACAUUAAAUGAAUCAGAAAUACAGUCUAGACAUUGUAAAUGUGGUAAAUGACUAUUCUAGCUGGAAACAGCUGAUUUUUAAUGGAAUAUCUACACAGGGGUACAGAGGAACAUUUCCAGCAACCAUCACUCCUGUGUUCUAAUGCUACAUUGUGUUAGCUAAUGGUGUUGAAAGGCUAAUUGAUGACUAGAAUGCCAUCAGUAACAAUAUAUUUGGGAUUUAGUUGGACAUGCUUUUAGCUUCAAUUGGUACACACAUCGCCAUGCCCGUAAGAUGCAGUAGAAGAGCUGGUUUUGGAUACUUGGCAUUUGAGAUCUAGUAUGCAUGGUUUCAUUUAACAAUGUUGAAUAUAUUUCUAUUUAAAAACAGAGUUCUACAAGAGGUUGUUAUUUUCAGUAUAAAGAGUUUACCCAAAGACAAUCCUAUACAGACUGCACACUGUCUAAAGAAUCUGUUCUGUACAUCUGUCAAAGUAGAAUUUUUUAUGUAGUUAAAGUAUAGUAUAGAAAUAAUGUAUUAGACAUGUAGUUUUUUUCUGUUAACAUACUGCACUGUGCAAAUAAUUUAGGCACUAGCAAUGAAGUGAGGAUGCUUUUAGAAAUGAAACCAUUAUUAGUGUGUAUUUAUCCAUUACAUAAAGUGCAGUAAACAAAGGAUGGAUACAAAUCUAAUCACCUUAAGAGCCUAAAAUGUUUGCCUAGUGCAGAAGUUGUCGGUUAUUGUGUGCUUACUGCCAUUUGUAGUGAACUGUUUGACAUGACUCUUGCCAAAGAGAAAGAACCUGGAGUUUCAUGUUGUGUUUUUUUUUUUUUUUUUUUACACUGCCAAGAUAGUUGAUGAUCGCGGACAUCUUAUGAUGGUCUAUCAGGCUAAAGCCAUCAAGGAUAAAAGAGUGCUACACCAUUAUGAGAAAAAGACUGAGACAGAUGAGAGGAUGGGUAACAGUGCUCAGUCCAUUAAUUCAAUAUUGAAUCACAUUACAGUAAUUAGAUUACUUCUAAGUUGAACAGUAGGGUAUUUACACUUAUGUAAACAAGAACUAAUAGUUUAAAUUGACUAUAGUAAAUAAUUCACGCUCCACAUUAGGUACUCAAUGCAACAAAAGUCAGUAAAGAUUUCAUUCAUGAGUUUUGAAUUGUUUAUUUUUUCUAAUUUUGCAUGUCCACCGCUAUUUUUGAUGACUCAUUCCUCCUCAGCAUGAGAAUCAAAUUUCAGUCGAGAAGUUCUGCUAUUCUUGAGAUUGUUUUUUCAGCUGGUCUUUGCUGGAGGGGAAGUCUUACUCAACCUUUCUCUUUAAAAUACCUCAAAGAUAUUCAAAUGGAUUCAAACCAGGUACCCUACUUGUCCAGGUCAUAGUUUUUCUUUAUAAACUGUGUGAUUUUGGCAGAACGCUUUGAAUAGUCUCAUGCUGGCAUAUUUCUCUUCUGUUCUAGUGUCCACAGGUCAUGUUCAUGCAGUUAGGGUAAGUGGAAAUCACAGGAGUGGUUUCAGUGAUUAUAAAUGAUCUAACUGUCUAUCAGUGAUCACAAGUGUACUCACUUUUGUUACAUUGACUUUUUACUUUUGGGCCUGAUUAUUCCAUAAAGUCUUAUAAAAGUACUUUUGAUUGUUCAUGAGAGUGAAUUCUAUACUGUUCAACUUAAAAAUAAUGUAAGUAACAUAAGGUGAUACCGAUCACUUAUAAAUGACCUUAUUUUUGCAACGAAAGCAGUUCUUUUCGACAAAGAUAACAUUAAAUGAAUCAGAACUACAGUCUAGACAUUGUUAAUCAUCUCUCUCUUUUUUUAAAUAAACAUGAUGAUCAAACUUUUUUAUCAAAAUAAAUCUGCAGAAAGAUCACCGACAAAGCAUAUCAUCUGUUUUACAAGAUUCAAUCUUAAAAUGCACCAUCCGUUUGUAGCAACAGCACUGUGAAGGAUAGUUCUGUAGAAACCAGGGUUCUUUGGUGUCAAAAUCCUACAUCCACCCUGAGCUUGUCCCUGUUCCAUUAUCCAGACUGAAAUCAGAGGUUUAUCAUCAAUGUUUAGCAAAUUUAUCAUGUCAGUAAUUUUUUCUAUAACUUGUGCAAACACACCACCUUCAAGGAUCAAGAUUAUACUUACAAAUUGCAGUAAGAUUUAAUGAAAGUAGUUAUUGUUCACUGCAAUUUUUGACAGACGAUUUUACAAACGUUUUGGCUUCACAGUUUGUUCAGAUAUGACAAAUAGGAAGGCAAAAGCUGCUUCAAUUCAUUUUGUGUGGAUGAAGUCUGCAAAGAGCUACUGGACCACAGAGACACAAACCGAGAUUGAGUGAUUCAUCUUCUCAUCUGACUCUGGAUAAAACUACGUAAGAUAAAAUCUCAUAAGAUGUCUCAUAGUCUGUUUGUUUUGUUUUUUCCUGUAAGACACCAAUAUGAGUUCAAAAGCAACGGAAAAGUGUUUGGUUUAAUUUUUAAUACACACUGUGUGGACCUUUUACUGUGAUCCGUGUAUACAAAAAAUAUUCUGAAUGUUUAGAAUUUAAACAUAAAUGCACAGUUAAAAUAAGCCUUCACUUAUAUGCAAAUUGUUUAUUUCCGUUGUUGUUUUUAUGCCAAAGUCUGAACCUGUGCAUGCCUUUCACAGUUCCUCUGUCACUUUGAAAACUUGUAGAGUUAACUCUUCUGUAAAUAAUAAUAAUAAUGAUAUGUUCUCUGAUUUUGUAAGCUGUUGGCUCUCAUAGACUCCAGCCUCCUGCGAGGUUGGAGAGCUAAUAAAGGGCUUCCACGGUGUUGAAACCUC